CCGCUGAUGGGUAACAUGUCACUUGAGUAACUGCUCUUCAGUCGGUGUUUCUCUUCUGCAUUAAUGUUUUAAUCAACAUGGCUUUUCUGAGAUCAGCUCUGACUUAUUCCAACCGUUUGUCAUCGACUCUGAGACAAGAGACAAACAUCAUUUACAUCAAGAGGAAUCUCUUUCUGUCCAGAGGGAGACUAUACAAUCGUGCAGACGAAAAGUUCAUUAGCUUCAGGCGAUCAUGCAGCUCCACAGCCACCACAGCAGAGAAAAACGACUCAUUCCUCAAAUGGUUCUUGUUGCUCAUCCCUGCCACCACCUUUGGCCUUGGAACAUGGCAGGUGAAGCGGCGUCAGUGGAAAAUACAGCUCAUUGAUAAUCUGGCUAAACUCACCACAGCAGAGCCCAUUCCUCUGCCUCCUGACCCUCAUGAACUGAGUAAUCUGGAGUACAGAAGGGUGAGAGUGCAUGGACACUAUGACCACUCAAAGGAGCUGUACGUUAUGCCGCGUUCCCCAGUCGACCCGGAGAAAGAGGCCAGAGAGGCAGGAAGCCUGUCUUCAAGUGGAGAAACUGGAGCCAACGUCAUCACCCCAUUUCACUGUAAAGACCUGGGUAUCACGAUCCUGGUGAACAGAGGAUACGUCCCCAGGCAGAAAAUAAAACCAGAAACCAGGAUGAAAGGACAGGUGGAAGGUGAUGUGGAAGUAGUUGGUAUAGUCAGGCUCACGGAGACGCGACAGCCCUUUGUACCAAAGAAUGACGUGGAGAGAAACCAGUGGCAUUACCGUGACCUGGAGGCCAUGUCUCACGUCACAGGAGCUGAACCCAUUUUUAUUGAUGCAGAUUUUGGAAGCACGGUUCCUGGUGGGCCCAUAGGUGGACAGACAAGAGUUUCACUGAGGAACGAACACUUGCAGUACAUCAUUACAUGGUAUGGCUUAUGUGCAGCUACGUCCUACAUGUGGUUCUCAAAAUUUAUCAAGGUGGUUAAAGUUUAAAAACUUUGAAAUUGUUUCAAAAAUUCUCCCAAAGAACUGUACUCGAUUUGAUCUGCAUUAGCUUCAGGUUAUUGUACAAUUUACACUAUUGCUCUCAAAUAAAGUUUUUAGUGCUUGGAAUCCUGUCAUUUACAUUACCAACAAAUAUGAAGAUGCCGAGAGUCUACCAGCUAAGCAGAAAAUACCUAAAUAAGAUGUACAAAUACUGUCUGCUAUUGAAAAUGGCAUCAGUCCUCUGCUUUGAGGCACAUCUGUCCACUGGCAAAAUAUGAACCAUUAUGUUAUAUUACUUGCGGUUCUAACAAAAUAAAUUAAACUCACUCAGCACAUACUUUUAGGACACAUUUUAUUCCAAACAAUUUAACCAAGCUUGGUGGCCAGUUCCUUGGCCUUUGCCUUCUCAAUCUUAUUGAUGCGAGCUGUGGACUUGGGGCCCAUGAUGCCACCUCCCCAAUGACGACGGAUCUGAAACAAAGUUAAAGUUAGUUAAAUGUGCAUUUUCUUCCAUCACAUCUAACGCAGUAACACUGAUACUGCCAUUAGGUUGGCACCUUAAUCUUGUUGUAUGAUGUUGCAAUGACAAUAAAGUUCAUCUUAUUUAUUACGAAUA